AUGAAGAUGGGAAUAUGGACCAUUGCGCUUACAACGCAGGCUCGAGUUACGCCAGAAGCGAACAAGGAUAUUACGGCAAUCCAGAUUUGAACGCAAAUUCAGCUGCUUACAAUCCGAUCGGAGACCAACGGUCUGCGUCCCUUGCUGGACCGUCAUCAUGUGAAGGUGGACCGGGCUCACCUUCAGCCUCCUCAUCGGGCUAUCGAUAUUCUGAGGUAGAAGCCUCGACGAUUAAGAGCGUUUCGUCGGAUCCAAGGACGGCUCGAAUUCCGUCGUCGUCUACGGAUUCUACGACAGCGUGUUCGUCUUCGACCUCUUCAACGACCUCAACGAUCGUUUUAAGGCAAAAUCCCACGUCGGCGCCGGGCAACAACCGCUGCCCGCCACCACCGCCUAAGCAUUCAACGGGUGCCCCUGCGCCCCCUCCACCACCACCUCCGCCACCUCCUCCACCAGUGGAGAUGCUUCGAAGUUGUCGCCCU